AUGGACGACCCAAACGGACGAAUUCCACGCGAAACCGCACAGGUGAGGCGGCAACGACGUGAAAUGGGCGACCCAAACGGAGGAAUUCCACGCGAAACCGCACAUGUGCGGCGUCAGAGCCGAAAAAUGGGCGAGCCAGACGGACGAAUUCCACGCGAAUCAGCGCAGGUGAGGCGGAAACGACGAGAAAUGAACGAGAUAAACGGACGAAUCAAAUGCAAAACUGAACAGGUGAGGCGGGAACGACGUGAAAUUAACCAGUCAAAUGGACGGAUUCCACGCGAAACCGCACAGGUGAGGUGCGAACGACGUGAAAUGGACGACCCAAACGGACGAAUUCCACGCGAAACCGCACAGGUGAGGCGGCAACGACGUGAAAUUAACCGGCCAAAUGGGCGAAUUCUACGCGAAUCACAGGCGAGGCGGCGACUAAGUGAAAUGGACAACCCAAACAGACGAAUUCCACGCGAAACAGCACAGGUGAGGCGGCACCUACGUGAAAUGGGCGACCCAAACGGACGAAUUAAAUGCGAAACCACACAGGUGAGGCGGGAAGGACGUGAAAUGAACGAGCCAAACGAACGAAUUCCACGCGUAACCGCACAGGUCAGGCGGCAGACUCCACUCCGGGCCGACUCCGGGAGAAUGCAAACGUUUAGAAACGGAAACGAGUUUUUUCUCGGUUUCUCCAGGGUGGACUUAAUAUACUCAGGCUGCUAG